UUUAGGGAAAGACAAAACCACUCUGUCAAUCACAAUUAAGGAGCCAUGGGAGUAAAAUGGUAGGAAAGCUAGACGAAACCACAGUGUUUACGCUGGAGAUUGUUUUAAUUUGCGCACCGUUGCGUUGUGGGACGUUUUCAUCUAACACAUUUGGGAAUCGCUCCACUUUUGAUUGGAACUAGGAUGGGACGUUGCAUUUAACAACAACAAAGAAAUUGGAAAAAACAACAACUUGGCGACUUGAAGCUGUUUAUCCUGUACACCUCAGCGUGUCGGGCUGUUUAAAACAAGCACUUGUGUACUUAGCAAGGCGGUGAAAUGGAGCACACUGAGAGGAUUACUUUUAUAACAAGCGAAUGAGAUACUGGCCGGUUUACCUACUAGUAAAAAUCUGUUCUGUUCAUUCUGAACACGUCCCUUGUUGUCGGCAGGCAAACGGACGACCCUGACCAACUUAAGCAGUGGAAGCUAAACACCCGCCGCCGCCGCCGUUCGGACUUCAGGAACAACAAGUAAAAAAGAGCAGCGAUGAGUGGGGGAGAGGUGGUGUGCGAAGGGUGGCUGAGAAAGUCUCCUCCUGAAAAAAAGUUGAGACGUUACGCAUGGAAGAAGCGAUGGUUUGUUCUUCGCAGUGGCCGUCUAACAGGCGACCCAGACGUCUUGGAGUAUUACAAGAAUGACCACACCAAGAAGCCUAUUCGUGUAAUAGAUCUCAACUUGUGUGAGCAGGUUGAUGCUGGGCUGACGUUUAGCAAGAAGGAUUUGGAGCACAGCUUCAUUUUCGACAUUAAGACCAUCGACCGUGUCUUUUACCUGGUGGCUGACACUGAGGAAGAAAUGAACAAGUGGGUUCGCCACAUCUGUGACAUCUGUGGUUUUAACCCCACUGACGAUGACGCAUCGAAAGCUGCUCACCAGUCCAUUACUGGGGGCCUUGUGGUUGACACGCCUCCACAUGCAGCUCUGGGUAAUGUUGGUCCAGCAGCAUCAGUCCUGUCAGGUGUGCCACCUCCAUACCAGCCAGUGAGCGUGCAACACCUGAACUCCCAGUCCAGUUCAGAUGAACCUCAGGACUACUUGUGGCUUGCUAACUGUGAGAGCAAAAAACCUGAACCCAACAGCUCAGUGGAGUGUCAGUCUCCACUGGAGGGAGACCAGGAGUAUUUGCUUUUGGAGGAGUGUGAGAGCAAGACUGUUCCUCCACAGACUUGUCUAGCCCAUGCCGAGUGCUCCAAGUCUACCUCUUCAGAGACGGACCUGAAUGACAACCUUCCCUCUCAUCGCACUCCUACUUCUGCCACUUUCUCAGCCAAGCACAUUUCACACAACGGCUUCUUCCCACAACACCCAGCUCCAGCGUCCGCCCCUUCCUUCUACGACUCGCCGCCGUCCCGCGGUGCCUCUUUCUCAGCUGACGCCGGUCUCUACAGCCUCCCACGCAGUUACUCCCAGGACACUGUUCUUCUCCCCAUAUCUGCCUCCUCUCCUCCCGCUCAUACAGACAGCGGGGACGCCUCUGAGCUUUAUGUCUUCAACACACCUUCGAGAAAACCCUCAAUAGAGACACACAUGCGCAAUAUUUCCAUCAGUUAUGACGUCCCACCCACACCUGGUGCAAACUGUCCCUACCAGGCCCCUCGCACAAUGUCACUGUCAACCGGAGCUGGAGGUUCGGAGGGUGAUGUAGUGCCUCCCCCUAGACCACCCAAGCCUUCGCUCAGCUCCUCAUCAGGGCUUCCACAACCGCCUGCUGAGCGCUCACCUACGGACACCUUUUGUAUGCCUCGUCCAGCCUCGGAGACGGAUGGAAACUACAGUGUGCCACCUAGUGCCGGGAGUAAAGCUUUACGAAGCCACACUAUUGGAGCGGAGGACUGUUCACGUCUUCGCAAAGAUUUUGGAUCCCAGGACUUCUAUGACAUUCCUAGACCAUUCCCCACAGAUAAAAGCUAUUCAUUUGACUUCAACGAAAACCUCAAAUGCUAUUUUAAAAACAAAGGAAUGAUGCCAUUAGGGAGCCAUUCUACAGAAGAAGUUGACCAGAACUAUGUCCCGAUGAGUGCCAAUUCCCCAUCGCACCAUCACUCUGGCAGUUUGCUAGAGACAGCGAAUGAAACGAACUAUGUACCAAUGACCCCAAGCACUGUGGAGUUCCCUUCCCUGGGUAAACAGGUUCCCCCACCCGCUCACAUGGGUUUCCGCUUAAGUCCAAAGACCCCCCCUCGCAGGCCAGUGCUCAGUGAGUGCCAGCCACCGCCCGUAGACCGUAAUCUAAAGCCAGACCGUAAAGGAAGUCCUAAAAUAAAAGCAAAAGGUGUCUGUUUAGAGCGAACCGACUCUCAGACCAUAGGUGAAUUCCCAGGGGGACGACGCAAGGUGAGACCUGCUCCACUGGAGAUCAAACCAUCGUCCGAUUGGGAGGAGUCCUGCACACCUGUCCGCUCACCCGUCACACGGUCAUUCACUCGAGACCAAAAUGCAGGUGAGACUUUACAGCAAGUGAACAGUUUCUCUAGGUUUCCGGUGCCGAGACCCGUGUCAGUGCAGAGUACGGCCUCCAGCACUGACUCCGAGGAAAAUGCGGAGCUAAUUAUAGGCAUGGACUCUAAUAUACCAACAGACGAACCAAUCAUGAAGCUUUCCACGCCCAUGCCUACGGAUGGUGGGAGUAGCCCUAUGUUAAAGACAAAGGGAGAUAAACAGGUGGAGUACUUGGAUCUGGAUCUAGAGUCUAGCUUGUCUACCCCACCUAGAAAGAUGAAAUCCAUGGGAACUGGCAUCACCGCGUCGGACGAGCGUGUGGAUUAUGUGGUUGUUGACCAGCAGCGCACGCAGGCCCUGAAAAGCACCAGAGAGGCAUGGAGCGAAGACCGCCAGUGCUCAGAGACGGACACCCUCUCCAAAGCGGCCAAAUGAACACGUCCCGACGACAGAGUUGCCUUUGAUCAAGCCUUGCCUUUUGAUAAAACGAUAGGCCUUUGACUCUGUUAGUUCUUCUGAGUGGUCACGGUCCACCUACGCAAGACUGUUAGUGAAUGAGAGCCAGUGGAUCACUAUAGCCACAUAUCUGACUUCAGUUUACACCGCUGUCAUGUCCUAGACGGCACUUUGUGUAUUUUUAUAGAAAGGGUGUGGGCCAGAAAUAAGCUUUAUGCAGUGUGAAAGAAGGCGGAAUUAUCUGGGAGGGAGGGGGCUGUCGCUCUUAACUUUGAUCAUUCACUGCCUCCUAUAUGAAAUGGGGGGCUUCUGUGUUGUUGGCGGGCAGAUAUAGAUCUAGCAGACAUGCAGGUUAACGGUUUCUGCUCUUUUAAAUGAAUGAGGAACAGUUCAAAGGUCACUUAUGGAGCUUGACUUUAACUGACUCACUCUGUCAUGUAUGACAUAAUUUCAGAGGCUUUACUCUUUUUUUUUCUUUUUUUUUUUUCUCCUUCAGUACAGUGUAGUUCAUGUUCAGUUGAAACAUGACCUACUGCGAAAACUUAAGCAUUAGAAAACCUGGAGGAUUAUUCCACUGAAUUUAUUAUUUUUUUCCAUUUAUUUUGUGAGUGGAAAUGCUUCGGCCUGUCUUCAUGGAAGUGCAACGACUGUACAAAAGUGUUAUGUAUAUAAACAGAAAAGUGUCCUUUAUUUGUAUGACAGCCAUCCUUUUUUGAUUGGAGGCGUCCGGAUUCUGCAGGGUAGAAUCCAGGAGCCGUGUCGAAAGGGUGUCAGGACUUUUGACUUAAUGAAUGAAUUACUGUGAGUUUAAAGAGCAUGACAGGUUUUCUAUAAGUUAAGCAAAGACAUUAAACGGAGGUUACAAAGGGGAAAUCUGGUACUCUACAGAAACGCUUAUAAUAAUAACAAUAAUGUUCACUUUCUAAUUUAUUUCAUUGAAGUAAUUUCACGUGGACUGAGUUUUAGCUCACUCUUUUAAAUUCAAAUGAUAAAAAGAUUUUAAACUCAUUAAGAGAAAUGAUAAAUUAACCUUUAUCUUUAGGUAAUUUGUCCUUACUUUGUCUGUACUCCUAUUAAGUUUAGUUGAAACCAAAUUGGUUUACAGUGAUGGUUAAAUGUCUGGUCAGCUUAUAAGAUCACUUAGACCAUUUUAACAGUCUGUCUCCAUCCAUCAUCCUGUGCUUUGCUAACCUGUCAUCCCUUCAUCCCAAGCGUGUGCUAUCGCAAGAAGAAAUCAUCGCUGUACAUAGUUUAUCUAUUGCAUCAACAUUAAUGAAACAGAUGUGCCUGUCAAGUCAGCUUUUUGGAGUUUCCUGAACAGACUGGAAAGCUGAUCAUGCUUUUACUUUUUUUUUUUUUUAUGAAUCUCAACAAAAGUGUAAAUUGGUAGACUAAAUAAAAUCCAGCUACUUAUGACCAUUUUAGUUUAUUUUGUAUUAUGACUGGAAAAAGAUGUGAAAAAAAUGCUUUAAACCAAAGUGAACACCUUGAUUUAUCUGUUCAUUGAGUGGGUUAAAGAAUAAACAAUCCAGCAUAACAGCA